AUGGUUCUGGAACUGCAUAUCUGGGGCCCUGCUUUUUCGCUCCCGUCCAUUGACCCGCAAUGUCUAGCGACUGUUGCCUACUUUUCACUCGCCGUUCCCAGGGAGAGCUGGGUUUUGGUUCCAAGUAGUGAUCCUUCCGUGUCGCCGACUAACGAACUGCCUGCGUUGAGAAAUGGAUCGACCUGGGUAAGUCGGUUUAGGAAUAUUGUGGAUUAUAUUCGUCAGUAUUCGGAUGGGUCGUGGGAUUUGGACCGGGGGUUGGGUGAGGUCCAGAGGGCGGAUAACAUAGCAUUCUCCUCUUUUCUGGAAUCCCGCGGUCAACCCCUUCUCGAUCUCUCCCUCUACGUCACGAGUCAAAAUUACUACAACCACACCUCCCCUGCCUACGCUUCUAUCCUCCAAUGGCCGAACCAGUGGAUCCUUCCCCCGAAAUUACACUCUGCCGCCAAAACCCGCACAGAACACCUGGGUGUCUCCUCGCUCGACCUUGACGCCCUCGAGGAACAGCGAAAGCGCGAUCACUCUGCCGCUGUGGCGGCCGGACAAGUUCCACAGAACUUCAUCAAGCGGCCGCGCGACACCGUUUCGGGUCUGCUGGGAAAGACCUCGCAGCAGAACCAAUUCAAGCUGGAAGGCUUCACAGCGGAACUGUUCGAGCCUUUGGAGGAGAUACUGGGCGAAAAGGAAUAUCUCCUGUCCGACUCCGCGCCAUGUAGUCUGGACUGCCUGGCGCUUGGGUAUAUGGCUCUUGCGGUCGUGCCGGAGAUGUCGUAUACAUGGUUGCGCGAUGCAAUGCAGAGCAAGGGACCUGGCGUGACUUCAUACACGGGGCGCAUGCUGAAACGCUGCGUUGGUAACAAGGUGGAUGUUGCCCAAGCGCUGGAUGGCGUUCGAUCGCCCUCGUCCCCCCUACCAUGGCAAGCCCCUGAACGCGCCAACGCGGUUAAGGUUGGGAGUACACUGCUCAACACCCUGGUCGACGCGACUCCUAUCGUGCGCGACAUUCGCAACAACAACCGUCUGCGCGAGGCAGCUGAGUCUUCUGAUCUCUCGGGGAUUGAGAAACAAGCGCUGUCGCAAUAUGUCACCGGCCAGAAGAAGGAUGUUUUCUUGUCUAUGGCCAUGGUUGCAGGCAGUGUUGCCGCGUUGGUUGGGUACGUAUUCCAUGUAGGGUUAUUCGGUGUCGUUAUCGAGGAAGAAGCGGAAGCACAAGAUGAGGGAGAGGAAGUGGAUUUUGGCAAUCUUGAUAUAAGUGCGAGUGACUUCUUGGCUGUUUAG